AUGCCAGAGACGAUCUUGGAAGCGCUUCUAGCGGUCGUCCCAGUCACCGCCCAACUCCCCCUCAGUCUACAGAAUCUCGUGGUGGAGAAUGUUGCCAUCGAGGAGUGCGCUCUUAGGCCACCGUCAGCGUCACAGCUGCAAGGCGCCAGUCCUCCGUCCAGCAGCAACCGUCCCGUGUGCUACUUUACACCACCGAACCGAACCGUUUGCUUCCGUGGCAUUGAAACGAAACGGUUCCAGGCCGGAGGCAAAUUUAAUCUCACCCGUUGGCUAAUACUUUGCGAUUGGCCACUGAAAACGUUCGAUCCGAUCGUUCUGAGUCGGUUAGUGCCGCGUAUCGAGAGGUUAGCUGUAACGGGGCGCAUCUUGCAACGACUGGCACAUGACUUCCCAGCACUUCCGUACCUGAGAAUGGUUAACAUUACCGGCACGCGGCUGAAUCAUACCGGUGUGAACGCAUUCUACGAACUGGAACGAUUGCAAGUGCUCAACCUACGAGGAAAUGAGCUAGAACAGAUACAACCGUACCGGUUCCGGAGCGGACACGUGGAGGUGUAUCUGCAGGGUAAUCUGUGGAAUUGCACAAACGACAUGAUAUGGUUACUGAAGGAACAAUCACGCCAAUACGUCGACAAACCGACGCUGGUGUGCAAAGACUGGAAAUACACCGGACGUCCGGUUCUGACUGCGAUGGAGUACAAGCGAGUUGUCCGGGAAAGUUGUUUGCACGAGGAAAUUUGGAACUGUAGCUGCCACGUGUCCUAUCUACGGUUAAGCGACAACGGACUUUCCUUCCACCCGAUGAUCAUGGUCAAUUGUAGCGAUCGAGGAUUUUACCAACUACCACAGUACCUGCCCGGAAACACAACCGUACUGCAUAUAGCACGCAACAAGUUACAGUCCGUGGACAGUUUAACGACUAACGAACACUAUCAAACUGUGCAGGACAUAUAUCUGGAUGAGAAUCGUAUCACCACAAUCGACAUCCUGGAGGAUACGAUAUGGUUGGACAAUUUCCGGAUUCUGAGCUUACGGGGAAACCGACUGAAUCGGAUACGCGUGUACAGUGUGGAGCACGCGAUCGAGCGAAAUCCGGGCGUCGGGAAGCUCUACCUUUCCAACAAUCCCUGGCGCUGCGGAUGUCGCUUUGCGAUACGAUUUCAACGGUUUCUACGCAAACACGAAUCGUUGGUAGCGGAUUCGCGCAACAUUACCUGCUACUUCAUCAACGAUGAUGAUGGCCGGAAACAGUAUCUACCGGUGCUGACGGUAACACCGAACGAUAUAUGCCGUGCAUCGGAGCACAAUACGGCGGCGUUUUACAACACGCUAAGUAUAAUCUUCGCCUCCCUAAUUGUGCUUAUAUUUACGAAACUGGCGUACGAUUACUAUCACUACCGGAAAUACGGUAAACUGCCAUGGUUAAUAAUGAAGAUGCCCUGAUAUUACCCACCAGUAG